CAUCAUGUCCCCAUCAUGUCCCACCCCCUCUCCAGGAAUUUCAACGAUGACUCUCCCCUGGGCAUCCGGCGCAUCCUGUCCCAGUCCACCGAUUCCCUCAACAUGCGCAACCGGACGCUCUCGGUGGAGUCGUUGAUCGACGAAGGCCCUGACGUCAUCCUGAGCCAGCUGCUGAGCGAUCUGGAGGCGGAUGGGAAGGAGUUUGAGGCGGAUUCCUGGAGCCUGGCGGUGGAUAACAGCUUCCUGCAGCAGCACCGCAUGGACGUCAUGAAGCGGCAGGACGUCAUCUACGGUGAGGGGACAGAGGGACAGGGACACGGGGACAGGG